AUGCAGAGCAUGAGCCCUCCGGGAGGCCGCGUCCUCUCUGAGGACCAGUUCAGCUGCUCCAUCUGUCUGGAGGUGUUCGUGGAGCCCGUUUCCACACCCUGCGGCCACAGCUUCUGUAAGGCCUGCCUGCAGGGCUACUGGAACCACAGCAAGAAGUUCACCUGCCCCAUGUGCAAGAAGAGCUACUCCAGAAAACCUGAGAUGAGCGUCAACAGAGUCCUGGCUGAAAUCUCCUCCCAGUUCCAGGAGAUGAUGCAGGCCGGAGGAGCUGGAGGGGCCGUGGGGGCCAAGGGAGCCUCACGGGGAUCCACCCUGAAUCUGAGUGCAGACGUGAGCCCCAGGGGCUUCGCUGCAGGGUCCGGCUCCGGGGAGUUUGCCCAAGCUGGGGAGGUUCCCUGUGACGCCUGUAUUGGAAGGAAGGUUAGGGCGCUCAAGUCUUGUUUGAGCUGUCCUGGAUCAUUCUGUGAGGUUCACCUCAGACAUCAUAAAAAGGUGAAGUCUCUGACAUUUCAUCGUCUGAUCGAACCCACUUUCAACCUGGAGGAGAAGAUCUGUAGGAAACACGAACGUCUUCUGGAGGUCUACUGCCGCUCGGACCACUCCUGCAUCUGCACGGCCUGCGCCGAGACCACACACAAGUCCCACGACAUUGUCUCCGCUGACCACGAGUGGAAGAAGAAGAUGAGUAAUCUGGGUAAGAAGAGGUCGGAGCUCAAACAUUUGAUCAAGGAGAGAGCCAAGAAACUGGAGGAGAUCAAACAAUCCAUCAAAGUCAUCAAGGCCAGCUCUCAGAGGGAGCUGGAGGAGAGCUGGCAGGUGUAUGCCGAGCUGCAGCGCAUUGUGGAGCAGAGUCAGGCGGAGCUGGUGGAGCUGAUCGCCACGAGGCAACGCGAGGCCGAGCGUCACGCUCAGGAACUUGCCCGAGGUUUGGAGAACGAACUCAGCCAACUGAGGAGGAGGAGCAACGAGCUGGAGGCCUACGCACAGACCCAGGACAAGGUGGUCUUCCUGCAGAACCUGGCGACGCUGGCGCCCCCACCCGAGCCCACCGAUUGGUCGGCAGUCAGCAUCAACACUGACCUGUACCUGGGAACCAUCCGCUCCUCCGUCAGCAGCCUCAUGGACAAGUUCCAGGAGGAGCUCAAGAGACUGUACGGGAAAGAGCUCCGGAAGGUGCAGAACUAUUCGAGUGAGGUGAUUUUGGAUGCUUCCACAGCCCAGAGGAACCUGGUGGUGUCCGAUGACGGAGGCCAGGUGAGAUAUGAAGAUCGUAAGAACGCCCACUUUGAGGGUCCCAAACGCUUCAGCCCCGCCCUCUUCGUCCUGGGCCUAGAGUGUCUCAGCUCUGGGCGACACUACUGGGAGGUGGACGUGGGGCGCAAGACGGCCUGGACGCUCGGCGUGGCCAGCGCCUCAGCCCGCCGCAAGGGAGAGAUCAAGCUGAGUCCUGAGGGUGGGUACUGGUGCCUGUGGCUCAAGAACAGCGAGGUGAAAGCUUUGGCAUCGUCCCGCCUGCCUCUACUGCUGCCGUCCCCUCCCACUAAAGUGGGAAUCUUCGUGGAUUAUGAAGGAGGCCAGGUUUCUUUCUAUGAUGUGAAGGCGCGUCUGCAUCUCUAUACCUUCGUGGAUACCUUUAAAGAGAGCCUGUACCCAAUAUUCAGCCCAUGUCUGGCCCAUGAGGGGAAGAACUCUUCUCCUCUCAUUAUAUCCCCUGUCAAACACACCUGAGUCUGACAGCCAAUCAAAAGCCUGGAGAGUCAGUCAGCAUUCAACUUGUAUAACAUCUUUAGGUGAAAAAAAGUUUAGUGCAAAGCGCAGAUACGUUUUAAUUUUCAUUUUGAACAGAUCAUUUUGUCCUUUUUAUUGGUCUUUUUUUCUUCUCAAUGGGCCAACUUUACGACAUAUUUACUUGUUCUGCAAUGCACUUUACCUCAAGCUACUUUCAAUCUAAUGAAAUAAAAUCACAGCUAGUCAUUUUGCACAUCAAAUCUACCCACUACAACACUUUCUCAUCAUACAGGCACGUUAUUGCAUUUGCUCAAGUUAAACCAGGCUCAACACAGAUCC